AUGGGUGAAGUGAAGUCCGUGAAAGUAGAUAACUGGGGCGUCUUUUUUCUGCAGAAGCUCCAGAAUUUCUUUAAUAAAACGGACUAUUGCGAUUUAACGCUGCAGUUUCGUGACAAUUCACAGUUGAAAGUGCAUCGCCUCGUUUUAAGCGCUUGCACAGAUUAUUUUAAUGUGCUGGAGCAAACUUGCGACAUAAUAGACGACGCACUCAUAAUGCCGAGCGAAUUUCAAGCCGAUGUCGUUGUGCCCAUCGUCAAUUUCAUGUACACGGGCACACUUGAGUUUGAGCUUAAAAUGUAUGGCAAACUGUUGCGCACCGCCAAAGAGAUGAAUAUGACCGUGUUGCUGAAGCUAUUGGAAGCCCAUCGACGCACAAUGGAGAAUGUGAAUCGGCAGCAAAGACCUCCCAGUCCGAAGGGUAUACGCCGUCGUCCUAUGGUACCCAGCAGCAAUACCCCGGCCGCCCAGCAACGUGUGUCCAUAUCGACACCACCGAAUCGCAUUGGUUCCAGUCCGGGCAACAGUAACGCGGGACGUACGAAUGUGCAACAAUCGCGUGCUGUAAAUACCCCCGCAAUCUUGCGAUCCGGUGGCAUCAGCAAUCGCACACAAUAUGGGGAGACAACAUCCACAAGCUCAUAUGUCAAACAGGAGCCCACUUCGCCGUUCGAACAACUACGCAAGGGUUACAACAACAAUAAGAGACCGGCACAAACGAGCCUCUUGUCACCGCCGUCAAAGAAACCCAGCCUGGAGGAGGUCAAAGAAUUUGCGGAACAGCAGCGCAUGCGCAAACAAAUCGCCGCAGAAUAUGGUGACCAUGGCGAUCCCGAAUAUGAUAGCAGUAUGCUGUACGAUGAUGUGCACACUGGCGAUGAUGAUGACGAUGAUAUGCCUCCACAGCCAUCGACAUCUAAGCAGCAACAACAACAGCAGACCCAGCAACAGUCCGGAGGGACGCAAACCCAAAUGGAACAUGGCACAACAACCAUCAUUCUGAAGCAGGAUUCCCCAAGCCAAACGCCGACGAUUAUUGUCAAAGAUUCGUCGAACACCAAGCUGAAUCAUACUAAAAUAAUAGCCGAGGUGCUCCGUCAAUAUCCGCACAUUGUCAAGGGCCACAAGAACAUAAAGCUGAAAAUAUUACCCAAUAGUCCGGUCGAGAAAGCAGCUACGACAGUUAAACGUGCAUCGCCGGCACCAGUUGGAUCGCCAGCUGGUCCCACAUCGCCACACAAGAAGCUGCACGUUUCAUUCAAACCAGACAAACCAAUGAUAACAACACAGCAGCAGCAAAGGUCCACACAGAAAUUGACGACGGCUCAGCCAGCAGCAGUCGAGGCAGCACCACAGCCAGUCGCGUCGGCAGCGGCAACCUCCACCACGUCCGCUGCAUCAUCAACAGGGCAAAAGCGGCGCAUUGAUAGCAAGACGAUGCAUGCGUUAAUAGCACAGGGUGCCGAGAACACAACAGGUCCGUGGUUGUGUCUGCGUUGCGGCGUUAAUGGACGGCCAAUAAGCAUUCCAUCAUAUCGUGGCUUCCGUCGCCAUUUGAUCAACACCCACAAGGAGACAAUAGAUCCGGCGCUAUGUGAGCAUUGUGGCUGGCGAUCUGCGAACAAUCGGGAAUUGCAUUUCCACAUGCACACAGAGCAUCAGAUUAAAUCGCUGCUAUACAACUUCGCGGAGUGCGUCCUGUGCAACCAAACUUACUUGACCAAGAACGAGCUGGAGCAGCACAUCAACGAGGCGCACACGGAUGAAAAUAAGCAACAGUGCAUUUAUUGUUGCAAGGUGUUUGCCCAGGAGCUGCAGCUGUAUAGGCAUAUGAAGAACUAUCACAAGGCACAGGCGCUGGAGGAUGGCAUCAUUGAUGAGACCGAUGAGGAGUAUCUGGGCUCGCAGGACGAAGACGGACAGAUGGAAGAUGAGGAGCAGGAGGAGGAGGAAGUGGAAGAGGAGCCAAUGCAGGAGCAAAAGGUGCGCAUUUUAUCCGACAUCAGCUUGCCAGCGACCAGUGCCAUUGUACAGCAACAGACCCGCGAAGAGCCCGAUGAGGGGAACGUGACAGAGGAGGAGCAACUCAUGCAGUCGCCAAAUCCAGAGCAGGAAGUCAAGUUUGUCGGCGCCGAUGGCAAUGAGGUCGAGUUGACUGAUGAACAGCGCAAGGAGAUAUUGUCCCAGCUGAAUCAGCAACAGGCAGGCGCUCCAAGCGGGGGUGUUGUCAUGGUGCUUAGUGAGCCAGAAGUGGAUGCAAAGCAGGAAAGCGAUGCGAAAUCCUUAACGGGCACCGAAGAGGAAUAUGAUGACAGUCAGAUUUAUAGUGAGCUAGCCGCCACCGGGUCUGUGGAGAGUAACAGCAAAAAGAGUGAGGCGGCCGAUGAAAGUAAGGAGUCCAUAGAUAAUCUGGAAUGGGCCGAGAAUUUAAUAUCAAAGCAUGACUUGGAAACAGAUCAGAAUAGCAAAGAACCAAAGGCAGAAAAGGGCCGCGAUGACAUUAGUGAAAAGCUUAAAGAGCUAACGGGCGAAUGGACCGAGGAUGAGAAUGAGGAUGAGGAUAACAUAGAUGACAAGCCUGCGACAUCAGAGCUAGCAUCUAUUGUACAAACAGAAACAAACACUGAGAAGCAGGUGGCAGUAUCAACAGUUGCUGAGGCAGCCGCAGAGGAACCAGAGCCGGAAGAUGACAUUGAUCUGGCGCUAGAAAGCUUGCACAAGGGUGGUGGCGAGACAGAUGAAACAGAGGCCGUUGCCAAGAAAACGGCAGCUGCCACCACCAGCAACGCAACUGAAAUAAGUCAAGGUGAACCAGAAGCAGCGGAAAAAGUAGCAGCAGAUGAGCAGCCUAUUAAGAAGGAAGAUGACGAUAAGAAAGAACGUGAACCUGAGGAGGAAUUCAUUAAGGAGGACGUGCCAACAUCAAUCGAGGCCAACGCCGAAGCCGAACCCGAACCUGAAACCGACGAUAUCAUUAAUGAAAGCAUUGAAGAAAAUUCUGCUCCUACAGACACCGCCUCUGGUAUUGAUGAUGUGAACUUGGAGACAGAAAAUAUUCGGAAAGUGUUGAUCGACGAAUUGAUUGCUGAAGCAGGAGCGCCUGGAGCCGAUGUUGAUGUGGAUGCCGACGCAGUAACUGGUGAACAAGAAUUGACCGAAGUUUCGCCUACUCAGCUAGCUGAGGUAGAUGGAUCCGAUCAGACACUUCAAGCUGAGGCAACCAAACCUGUUGAGGCUGUAGAUGAAUCAAUAGAAAAUAAUAAUGAGAAAAAAUGCGACGAGACAACAACAACAACAGUGGUAGAAUCGGCUGCUGCCACCGAGGAGAAACCAAACACCAGCGAUGCAGUUGCCGUCGAUGGCAAAGAUGAGGCGCUGACAGCAGGUACACAAGAGAAAUUGAAGAGUCUCAUGAAUGAGUGGGUGGACGAUGAUGAUGAUAAUGAGGACGAGAAUGGGGUUACUGCUGCGACGAAAGAGCAACUCUAAUUACUAGAUUUAUUUAUGUUUUAAGCUAAUUUUCAUAUGCCAGUGCUACUAUUCAAGCAACUGAAUAACAUGGAUUCAACAUGGAGAUCGUGGUUUAUAUGCAGAUUUAUUUGUGAAUGUCAUGAUCAAUGAAUAGCUAUGGCAAAAGAAUUUUGGUUUCGAUUGUAAAUUAAAAACUGUUUCAAUGGUACUUCUUUUUGAGACAUAUUUGUAAUUGCACCGGAUUUCCGCAACUUAUAGAAAUAGUAACAAAAAUAAAAUAUAUCAUAUAUUUUACGCAUGUGAAGCACAUAGUAACAAAAUCGAUUUGCGUAUUUGAUAGACAAACCAAUCGAG